AUGGCCGAAGUGGAAGAACCACCACCGGCAGACGUGGGCGAUGUCGCGAAGCCCGAAGAUGGGGAACCUGAGGCUGCAGAAGAAGAAGAGGAAGGAGCGGAAGAAGCCGCCGAUCUGGCAGAAGCAGAGGAGGAGCCCGAAGGCGAGCUGGUGGGCGUGCAGAUGCAGCGGACCAAGCCGACCAAGGCGUACAAGGAGAAGAAGAAGCCCAAGCCGGCGUCGUACGUGUGGCUGCCGCGGCCGCUGCCCAGCAAGGCGCCCUCCUUCAGCCCGUGCCCGCACCUCUACUUCCGCAGGCCCGUGGCCCCGCGGGACGGCCUCAGCAGGGACGAGUACAUCGACAUCUUGGCGCAGCCUCGACAGUACGUGGAGGCGCAAUGCGAAGAGUUGGCGGCAGUUCUCAGCCCGCAGAGGCUCCGGCUGCUGUGGAAGAUGCUCGGAAGGCACUUAUCAAUGUCGAGAUCAUUUCCCGACGAUCUGCUUACUCUUGAGGUCUCGGGUAUUCUGCUGGAUAUCAGCGUCGAGUCUAACUCGCGGGCGAUGACAGCGGUGUCCCGUGCAAGGCUCCGAGAGCAACUCGAGAUGCGGGAACAGUGCCGGUGCCGUAUAGAUGGCAGCCGCCGAAGAGGCAAGGGUAAGGGCAAGGGAAAGGGCAAGCGCAAGCGCAAAGGGAAGGGCAGGGACAGAAGGAAACAAAAGGGCAAGGGGCGGCCUAAAGUGGUCACCAGCAAGAAGCCGCCAAGUGGAGCGAGGGCAGCGGGUGCGAGAGCCAACGAGAAGUGGAGCAGGGAAUUUGCGGCCAAGUUUGCAGCGCACAUCUCACGUUUCCUGAGCUCGCAGGUGGGGGCAGGCCGGCCGCAGACACAGCGCGAACGCCAACUGGCGAAGGCCAUCCUGCAGCGGCUGGCAGCUGCCGCAGGCAAACCACCCAAGAAGCCCGAUGAGCGUCAGCGCGUCGCCAAGCUGCUCGUUGCGCUCUCUGAGCGCCUUGCUGUCUGGGUCGACCUCGUCGUCAAAGACGCGCAGAGCAUCUCAGGCUCCUCCUCUGAGUCCAGUGAGGAAGAAUCUGAGGAGGAGAAACCCAUCAAGAAAGGCAAGAAGCCAGGGAAAAAAGAACCAGCGAAGGGAAAGGCCAAGCCAGCGGAGAAACCGAAAGAGAAAGGUAAGGCUAAACCAAAAGGGAAGCCAGAGCAGAAAGAGGAGGACGAAGAAGAAGAAGAAUCUGAUGAGGGGGUAUCUAAGAAGAAAGGUAAGGCAAAAGAGAAAGCAAAAGAGAAAGGGAAGGCCAAGCCAAAAGAGAAAGCCAAGCAGAAAGAGGAGGAAGAAGAACCUGAAGAGGAGGUAGCAACGAAGAAAGGCAAGAAAGGAAAGGAAGCAAAGCCUACAGCGAAGAAAAAGAAAGAUAAGAAAGAAGAGGAACUGGAAGAAGAAUCAGAGGAGGAAGUGGAAGUAAAAGAGAAGAAAGGGAAGAAGAAGAAAGGUGCUGGAGACGAAGAAGAGGAAGCAGAAGGUAAAAAAGCAAAGAAGAAAAAGAAAGUUGCAGAGGAAGAGGAAGAAGAAGAGGAAGAUAAGAAAGGUAAGAAGAAGAAGAAAGGUGUAGAAGAUGAGGGAGAAGAAGUCGAGGAUAAGAAAGAGGAGAAGAAGAAGAAGAAGAAGAAGAAAGGUGCAGAAGAAGAGACAGAAGAAGUGGAAGAAAAGAAAGGAAAAAAGAAGAAGAAAGCUGAAGAAGAAGUAGAAGAAGAAGAGAAAGAUAAGAAAGGGAAAAAGAAGAAAAAAGGUGCAGAAGAAGAGGCAGAAGAACAGGAGGAUAAGAAAGCACAAAAGAAGAAGAAAGGUACAGAUGACGACAUAGUAGAAGUGGAAGAUAAGAAAGGGAAAAGUAAACAGAAAGUUAUAGAAAAAGAUGGAGGAACAGAAGCUAAGAAAGGAAAGAAGAAAGAUAAAGGUGCAGAGGAAGUGGAAGCAGAAGAUAAGAAAGGAAAACAGGCAAAGAAAACCAAAAGUGAAGAACCAGUGGAUGAUGAAGGCCAACAGCAGGAAACUGCAGAAGAACCAGAAGAAGAGCCACCAGACGACCAGCCAGAUGAAACUUCAGACGAACCGGCAGAUGAACCGCCAGAUGGCCCCCAAGAGGGAGAUGCCACUGGACCCCCAAAUGAGCCCCCAGAAGGCCCUCCGGACGAAUCGUCAGAGGGAGAAGAGGGAGAAGGUGGAGAAGAAGGCGAGCCUGGAGAGGAAGGCGAAGAGGAAGAAGGUGAAGAAGGAGAAGAAGAAGAAGAAGAAGAGGGAGAAAUUAUAGAGGGAGAAGGAAAGAGACAGGGUUCUGAAACUACGUACGUGGUGACAGCGGAAGGAGACGGAUUCAGAGUGGAACCAAUCGAGGAGCCACCUCCUCCAGAACCUGUAGUCGAGAAGCGGGUGUCGGUGCUCAGUGCUCUAGUCUCGCUGUAUCCCCAACAGGCAAUGCCCAAGGUCUCAUUAUGCAAAGUACUGCAAAAGCUCACAUUACGUGCUCCAACUACGGACGUUUUGUCUGCUGACGGAGAUGGGGAGGACGUGUCGGAAGAUCGUAGAAAGGUGGAGGCGGCAGUAGCACGUAAGCUGCGCCGGAUGGCCGAAUUAGAGGACGGCAUUCCACUGCAGCAGGAGACGCGGGACGCCAUCGUCGCUCUGUCCAAAGCUGUGGCAGCCGACCUGCAGCCAGAACUGGACAUCCCGCAGCCUGAACCACCACCUGUGCUAGAUGCCACUGAAUACACCCAGUGGCUGGACGGCUGUGUCUCACUGGCGCAGGAAUGGGCCCGCUGGAUCGGCGAUUCGGUAGACGCCGUGUGCGACAUCUCCAAACGCAAUGCCGAAGUCCAAGAGGGCGAGGCGGCCGACCUGGAGCGCGCCGAGUGGUGCGCCUUCAUGGAGACGAUGCGUCGCGGAGCCUACAGCUGGUGCAAGACUGAGGAGGACAUAGCAGCAGCAGCUGCCGUCUGGAAGGGCCGGCUGGAGGCUGUCCAGCAGCAGGAGGAGGAGUCUGGCUCCGAGGAGGAGAGCGAUGAGGACGAGAGUGGGAGCAGCGAAGAGGACGAGGACGAGGAGGAUGACGAGGAUGACGAAGAGGAUGAGGAGGAGGACUAAAAAUGCUUUGUGUCUCAGUAACCUAGUCUUGUCAUUACAUGUUUUGAGUGCUCCGCGAAAACUGAAAUAAAUUCCACGAACUUCUCGCUUCUAUGUAUAUAAAAUUGAUCUUGUGUGUGUGUGUGUGUGUGUGUACGUACACUGACCAGCCAGAAGGUUAUGACCACCCACGCAAUAACUGUCCAACUUUGACACAGAUAACAGCGGCGAGGCAUCAUGGCAUGGAAGCAAUGAGGCCUUAGU